AUGCAGAGCAACGACCCCCUCUCCAGACGAGCUGGCCCUCUCGACCCCCACGACUACACGGUAGCCUGGAUCGCGCCCCUCGAGAUCGAGGCCCAGGCAGCCCUACACCUGCUGGACGUCCGACAUGAAGGGCGGUUCCCAGUCAGCCGAGGCGACGACUAUGUAUUUCACGCGGGCAGCAUGCUUGGGCAUAACGUCGUGAUCGCGACAUUGCCAGCUGGUCAGGAGUACGGAACAGGGUCAGCGGCGGCGCUGGCGAGCCAGGUCAAGAAAUUCUUUCCUAAACUCUGGUUCGGGCUGCUUGUGGGUGUCGCUGCGGCGCUGCCUGAUUUAUCGCGAAGCCCAGUGCGCGAUAUUCGCCUAGGGGAUGUGCUGGUAGGUCUUCCUGAGGGUAAUAGCGCGGGACUCGUUGCGUACGAUCUCGGCAAAGAAACAGAAGACGGGUUCGAACCACUUCGACGAGGACACGCAUUAGCGGUAACGGAGCCGAUUAUCCAAUCGGCCAUCGGCAGCAUCAAGCUGAAGGCACCUUAUGAUGCUGAGGAGUUUCUGCCUUUUUACGAGACUAUUCGUAGUAAGGAGCAUGCAACUGGUGUAUUCGCCGACCCUGGCCAGGACCGCGACAAGCUGUUCUGGACAGAAGACGACGGAACGGACAGGCCAGUCGAGCGCACUCGACGACCGGAUUCACAGAGGACCCGAGUAUGGUAUGGACCAAUCGGGUCAGGGGAUAAGCUCUUGAAGAAUGCGCAGAGAAGAAACGAACUGAGAGACAAGUACGGGGUGAUCGGCGUGGAGAUGGAGGCGGCGGGCACGAUGAACCGGAUUCCCGUUGGUGUAAUCCGGGGCGUGUGCGACUAUGGAGACAAACACAAAAACAAAGAAUGGCAGCCGUACGCGGCGGCAAUGGCAGCGGCAUAUGGCAAAGCGGUGCUGUAUGAGAUUCCGCCGCGUGACCUUGGUCUGCCAGGUCAGUCGAAACAAACAGUGGCUGGGAAUACCACCGAAUCGAAUAGUAAGCAGAACAAGCCUGUCUCCAGUAUGAUAAUGAUUGACAGUGACUUAGGUAGUCUCCGUCAACCAUGCUAUCAUAUCCAACUUGCCAAAAACAGCAGGUUUACUGGCCGUACCGCGGUGCUAGACACACUAGAGGAGAAGCUGUUUGGGCAAGAGCGCUGCCAGAGAACGGCGCUGGUAGGCCUCGGCGGUGUAGGCAAAACCCAAGUCGCGCUCCGCUUGGCCUAUAGGGUUAAAGAGCAGCGACCAGAGUACUCGAUAUUUUGGGUACCAAUAAUCAGUGCCAACAGUGCACAGCAAGCAUAUGUUGAGAUGGCCAAAAAGCUUGGCGUGGAAAAGAGGAGCAACGAUGAGGACAUCAGAGAACUCGUCCGCCGUCACCUUAGCUCGGCCGAGUCCGGCAAGUGGUUAUUGAUCGUCGAUAAUGCGGAUGAUCAAGAACUGGUAUUCGGAUCCGCUGAAAACGGCGGCAUCGAUGACUUCCUGCCCCGAAGUGACCAGGGAUCCAUUCUUUUGACGACACGAUCAAGACAGGUUGCCGUGGAGUUUGCGCAAGCUGACGUCGUCGAUAUCGAGCGGAUGAGCCAACAAGAAGCAACCCAGCUCCUCGGAAAAUCAUUGCCCCAGAAGCAGAUGUUGCAAGACGAAGCAUUGAUAACCGAGUUGCUAGAAUACCUCACCUAUCUUCCGCUAGCAAUCACGCAAGCGGCGGCCUACCUUAACCGGACCAAGGCGCCUAUUCACAAGUACUUGAGCCUAUUGCGAGGUGCUAAGAAGGAUAUUCCUAAAAUACUUGGACAAGAAUUUCGGGAUAAUAGUAGGUAUCAAGAAUCGCGAAAUGCCGUAGCGACGACAUGGCUGUUGUCGUUUGAUCAGAUCGAAAAGUCAAACAAAACUGCCGUCAAAUUGUUGUCGUUCAUAGCAUAUAUCGAGCCGAAGGCUAUACCGCAAUCGAUCAUGCCGAGGCCGGGGCCAGAGACGGGGUCAGACGGUUCGAAUUCAGAAGAGCUGGAGUCGGCUAUAGGCUACCUUUGUGGAUACUCGUUCCUAGUCCGGCGUGCAGACAGCGAUAUGUUCGACAUGCAUAGUCUCGUGCAUCUGGCGACAGGGGCAUGGACGAAGGAGCGAGGCCGGAGGACACAGAUAGUCAGAGAUGCAAUAGGUCAUCUUGCAAAAGUCUUCCCUUCCGACGAUCCUGCUGACCGUGAGCUGUGGAGGGAAUAUAUGCCGCAUGCAUUGCGGCUACUCUACGGAGGCGAAGGGGGCGAGGCAGAACAAUGUCGAUACCAGCUUUUAUCAAGCGUUGGAAGAUGUCUGUAUAAGGACCGACGAUUUCAAGAAGCUGUGCAGUGCUUUGAAGAGGUGUACGAAUGGGAACGGAAAGAAGAAACUGCAGCGAACAAUCCUCCACUAACAUCAAUGUACUGGCUUGCCAUCGCAUAUCUCAGUAACCGACAAGUCAAGAAAGCGAUCGAGUUAUUGGAAAAUGUGGAAUCGGCGAAAAAGAAGGUAUUGGACGAAAAAGAUCACGAUCGAUUGACAUCACGCCUCCAUCUGGCGAACGCAUACCUUGAGGACAGGCGGAUAAAGGAGGCGAUCCCAAUAUUUGAAGAUAUAGUGGCAGUUCAGAAGGAGACUUUGGACGAAAAGGAUCAUAAUCUUUUAGUGUCAAAAUCUCGUCUGGCGAACGCAUAUCUUUUAGACAGACGGAUCAAGGAGGCAAUCGAAAUAUUUGAGCAUGUACUAAUAAUUCAGAAGGAGACGCUAGACGAAAAGGAUCAUUCUCGACUCAGUGUAGAACAUAGUCUUGCAUUGGCAUACCAUGACGACCGACGGAUCAAGGAGGCGGUCCAGAUGUUGGAGCAUGUUGUAACGAUGCGAAGGGAGACGCUGGACGAAAAGGACCAUACGAGAUUGAGAUCGGAGCAAGUCUUUGGUAUUGCAUGUAUUUCGGACAGACGGAUCAAAGAGGCAAUCAAGAUAUUAGAAUAUGUUGUUACGGUGCGGAGGGAGACGCUGGACGAAAAGGAUCAUUCUCGAAUAACAGCGGAACACUCACUUGCGAAAGCAUAUCUCGAAGACCGACAGGUUAUAAAGGCAAUCGAACUAUUCGAGCCUGUGGUAGCGGCGCGCAGGGAAAUGCUGGAUGUGAAAGAUCAUUUUCGAUUAACGUCGGAGCAGUCACUUGCGAGAGCAUAUCUUGAAAAUCAACAGAUCAACGAGGCAAUCGAGAUACUCGAGCAUGUGGUAGCAGUGCGGGAAAAGACGCAAGAUAAAAGCGACCAUUUUCGAUUAACGUCGGAGUAUUUACUUGCAAAGGCAUUUCUCGAGGACCAACGGAUCAAAGAGGCGAUUAAAAUAUUGGAAUGUGUGGUAUCAGUGCGGAAAGAAACACUGAACGAAAAGGACCAUGAGCGAUUGACAUCGGAACAUUUACUUGCAAAGGCACACCUUCAAGAUGGUCGGACCAAACACGCAAUUGAAAUAUUCGAGCACGUUAGAUCGGUGCGAAGGGAAACUCUGCGGGAAAUGGAUCACAACCGAUUGAUAUCAGAGAGCGAGCUGGCUAGAGCAUAUCUCAAGGAUGGGCGGGCGCGAAAGGCAAUUGACCUUCUGGAACACGUCGUGGCAAUCACAAAUAAGCAUUAUGCUGAAGAUGAUCCAGACCGACAGUCCUGGACGGAACUGCUUACUAGGGCGCGUGAGCAAUUGGAAGCUGAGUGGGAGACGUCUGAGGAUGAAAGUGAAGCAUCAGGAUGGGUCCAAGAAAUGGAGACUGGGGAAGUUGAUGUCGCCACACUGUCAGCAUCUGUAGAUUCUCUGAUAGAGGCUUUAGAUAGGUUGCAUAUGUAG